GGUUUAAAAGGAAAUGUCUAUCAUUGUGGCUAUGUUUACACUUUCCCUGCUCCACACCCUACAACUGUCUACCUCCACACACACCUUUAUGCAUCGGUAGGUCUGUCAGAGAAGACGCUGUUCUCCGGACAGAUAUGGAGCCCCCCCUCCCUCAAGACCCAGGUGUUGCAGGCGCUGCAGGUAACCAGGAACCAGCAGCGUUGCGGAUUGGUGGUCUGCAGCCCCCUGCUGAGGUCACAGAGCCUGUAGACAUCGGCAUUGUGGAAGGAGACCAGAUGAAACCCGGACAUCCGACAGUAACAGGAGAUGGACAGCAGUUGUACUCAUUUGACAGCUCUCUGUCCUCCUCGGACAGUGAGGACGAGGGUUACAGCAAGAAAAUUAAAAAGAAGAAACUCAAGAAGAAGAAGAAGAAGAAGGACUCAAGCUCAUCCUCGUCAUCUUCAUCUUCUUCUUCCUCCUCCUCCUCCUCCUCUUCUUCCUCUUCCUCUAGUAGCUCUUCAGAUAGUGACAGUGAAGAUGACAAGAAGAAGAAAAGAGAGAAGAAGAUGAAAAAGGAGACGAAGAAAGAGUAUAUCUGGGACAGUGUGGUCAUAUCCCAGGCUGGUCCCGAUGGCCAAAUGGAUCAGCAGUCUGGAGAGAAGGUGAGCCAGGAUUGUGGCUUUGCAGAUGAUGAUGAUGAUGACAAGAGAAAAGAGAAAAAGAAGAAGAUGAAGAAGGACAAAAAGAAGAAAAAGAAAAAGGAUUCUUCAUCAUCUGACAGUUCAAACUCUGACAGUGAGAGUGAGAAGAAGAAGAAGAAAAAGAAGAAGAAGAAGAAGAGCAAGAAAAAGAAGAGCAAGAAAAAUAAGGACUCCAGCUCCUCCUCCUCUUCAGAUAGCUCCUCCUCUUCUGAUAGCUCCUCCUCUUCCGACAGUGAGGAUGACAAAAAGAAGAAGAAAAAGGACAAGAAAAAGAAAAAGAAAAAAAAGAAAGAUAAAAAGAAGGAUUCUAGCACUUCAUCCUCAUCAUCUGAAAGUGAUGAUGAUAAGAAGAAAAAGAAGAAGAAGAAAGAGGACAAGAAGAAGAAGAAAAAGAAGGAUAAGGAUGAAGGAAAGAAGAAACCCGGUGUUAGUGCCUUGUCAACAGCUGGUGGUGAGAUUGCAGGACCAAGUACUGAAGGAGAUAAAAAGGAAGAUGAGGAUACAGAUAAGGCCAAGAAGGAGUUCAAAACUAAAGACAAACUCUCCUCUACAUUGGCUGGGGAAGGAUUUUCUUGUCCAGGGGAAGGAUUGCAGGUAUUGCCUGGUACUGCUGAGGACGGCCACCUCAGCGAUGACGAGGGAGAAGGAAGAGAGGAGAUGGAUAAAAAGAAGCAGAAGUUGAAAAAGAAGAAAAAGGAUUCUAGUUCACACAGCAAGGAUGAGACAAAAGACAAGAAGAAAAAGGACUGCUCCAGCUCUGAUAGCUCCUCAUCAGACAGCGCAGAUGACAAGAAGAAAAAGAAGAAAAAGGAGAAGGAUUCCAGUACCUCCUCCUCCUCCUCCUCCUCCUCUUCUUCUUCUUCCUCCUCUGAUAGUGAAGAUGACAAGAAAAAGAAGAAAGGGAAGAUAAAGAAGAAGAAGAAGAAGGUUCAUAAUGAUUCCAGCUCUUCCUCCUCUUCUUCAUCUUCUGAAAGUGAAGAUGACAAGAAAAAGAAGAAAAAGAAGAAGAAAAAGACUAAGAAGAAGAAGGAUUCCAGCUCUUCCUCCUCUGAUUCCUCAUCCUCUGACGAUGAAAAGAUGAAGAAGAAGAAAAAGAAGUCAAGGAAGAAGAAGAAGAAGAAGAAGAAGAAGGCCAGCUCAUCUGAUGAUAGCACCUCUUCUGGCUCAAGUUCAUCUUCCUCUUCUUCUGAUAGUGAUGAUGACAAGAAAAAGAAGAAGAAAGAUGAGAAGAAGAAGAAGAAAAAGAAGGAUAAGAAGAAGAAAAAGAAGGAUUCUUCUAGUUCAGAUUCCUCCAGUGAUGAUGAUACGAAGAAGAAGAAGAAGAAGAAGAAGAAGAAGAAGAAGAAGAAGAAGAAGGACUCGGAUUCUUCUAGUAGUGAUGAUGAUAAGAAGAAGAAGGACAAGAAGAAGGACAAGAAGAAGAAGGACAAGAAGAAGAAGGACAAGAAGACGGACUCGAGCUCUAAGUCAUCAAGUUCAUCUGAUAGUUCCAGUGACAGCAACAAGGAAAAUGAAAAAGAGAAGAACAAGAAGAAACAUAAAAAGGAUGAUGGUGAUCAAAGUUGUGAGCCAAAAAUGGAAACUCCAGGUUCAGAUGCUGGGAGACUUUCAGCUGACAGUGGCAGCAGCUCUAAGCCUGGUAGUGCUUCAGUUGUCUCCUAUGUGUCCCUCCCCUCCAAACCCAUGGUGAAGCUGGAUCCUUUGAGCCCUUCAGCAGUCUCUAAAACCUCUGUCCCUAGUUCCUUACUGAGUAUUGGAGAUCGGGGCUCCAUCCGCAGACCUCCCAGCCCCAUGGAGUCGCUGAUGGGGAGUCCAAGAAGGUUAGGAGAUGGAGGCACCCGUUCCACCACUCACCUCACCUCUUAUGAUCUACUGAGAGGCACCAGGCCCUACCAAUAAUACCAUAUCAUAGAUCAAAAGAAAUGUUACCUAAUUAAAAUUAAAUAAAUAAUUGCUCACAAUAGUGGAUGUUGAGUGUGAUGAAAAACAACAACAAAUAUUAUGGCUCAACUUACAAAAUAAAAGGAAAAGGUUAUUGUGUGCUUUGUGGUGAGAUUCAGGUUACUGGGUAAAGAUGCAUUGUGAGAAGAUGUUGAAGAAAUACAAAAUUAAGAAAAUUAUAUUUUGGGUUGAAAUGUCAAUUUAUGAUCAAAUGUAUUCACAAUGCUUUCUUUGUGGAAUAAAACAGUUGUGAUAUAUUUGUUUGAA